AUGUGUCAGGAUGGCGGAGAUCCAGGAUUAAUGGAACUGAAAGCGGCGUGCACAGAUGCUUUAGCUGGGAAGAGGCUAACACAAGAAAUUGGCGUUGAUAAAGUGGACAAAUCAUUAGUAUCAAAUUUUGAGAUAUUGAAUCUAGUUCCUGAUCGUACAUCGAAGGAACCCGAUGGUAAUUUAAAUAAUAAUAGUACGCAGAAUAGGUCGGAUUACGACGAGGGGAGUGGAAUGAAGUGGAAGAGGGUUGGAAUGGUGUCUGGGAGGUCUGUGCGUCUGGAUACGAUCGUGUGGCCCGGAGGAGAUUUAUCUGUGGCUGCGCUUUCAAGCAGAGCACGGACCGUGUUCAGGAUAGUGACGGCUCUGGCACCGCCGUUUGUGAUGGAAAGCGAUCUGGAUGAGGAUGGACAAUGCUUAAGAGGUGGUCUUCCAUGCCAUAGAGUGCUCACAUCAGAUAAGGAUAAUUUAACGUUGGUAUUCAAUGAGAUGGAAUACAAGCAUCGCCAAGAGGAAGAGGAUGAAUCAGAGGUUCAGGAGAAAGAAGAGAUGGCGGCGGACGAGGCAGAAGAUACGUCGCAGGAGGAUUACGGCAACGACGAUGGCAACGAUGAGGAUCGAUUCUUUCCUUUCCAGAAGUUCAGAUAUCGCACGCACUGUUGCUACGGCCUAUCCAUGGACCUUCUGGAGAACGUAGCCCAGGAGUUAGAGUUCGACUUUCGGCUGUACAUUGUCUCGGAUGGACUGUUCGGCGCGAAGACGUCGACGAGAAGACGCGCGGGUGUCAAAAGAGCAAAACAUGCAAGGACGCGCGAAUACGAGCAAGAAGAGAUCGAUGUGAAAUGGAACGGGAUCGUUGGUGAUCUGGUGUCGGGCGCAGCACACAUGUCCUUCGCGGCUCUAAGCGUGUCCAGCUCUAGGAGCGAGGUCAUAGAUUACAGCACGCCCUAUUUCUUUAGCGGCGUUUCGUUCCUCGCGGCUCCCCAGCAGAAAUCCGAGAUUCCCUUAAUGGCUUUCCUCUUGCCUUUUUCCCCAGAGCUCUGGAUUGCAAUCUUCACCAGCCUAAAUAUCACUGCAAUCGCGGUUGCCAUCUACGAAUGGCUCUCUCCGUUCGGUCUCAACCCCUGGGGCAGGCAACGCUCCAAGAACUUCAGCAUGAGUUCCGCCCUUUGGGUCAUGUGGGGUCUACUCUGCGGUCACCUCGUCGCCUUCAAAGCGCCGAAAAGUUGGCCAAACAAGUUCCUGAUUAACGUAUGGGGCGGAUUCUCUGUCAUCUUUGUUGCCAGCUACACAGCCAACAUAGCAGCUCUUAUCGCGGGACUUUUCUUCCACAACACAGUCAGCAAUUACCAUGAUCGAUCGUUGUUGAGCCAGAAAGUAGGAGCGCCAAAAGCUUCCGCCUCGGAAUAUUACGUGCAGAAAGCGAACCGUUUACUAUGGGAGCACAUGCACAAGUACUCUCUGGAUAACGUAGAGGUGGGUAUAGAAAGAUUACGCAACGGCUCCUUGGAUAUCCUCAUCGCGGACACCCCGAUCCUGGAUUACUACCGAGCCACGGAUCACGGCUGCAAGCUGCAGAAGAUUGGCGAUACUAUCAACGAAGACACUUACGCAAUCGGAAUGUCGAAAGGAUUUCCGCUGAAGGACAGCAUAUCAGCAGUGAUAGCGAAGUAUUCCAGCAACGGGUACAUGGAUAUACUGCAGGAAAAGUGGUAUGGAGGUCUGCCUUGUUUCAAGUUGGCAACGGAAAUAGCGCAGCCUAGACCGUUGGGUGUUGCCGCAGUCACAGGGGUCUUCAUCCUUCUGGGCUUUGGCAUGAUAAUGGGUCUGCUUAUCCUUUUAGUCGAGCACUUGUUUUUUCGCUACACCCUUCCGAUUCUCCGAGAGAAACCCAAGGGAUCCAUUUGGCGGAGCCGCAAUAUCAUGUUCUUCAGCCAAAAACUUUACCGCUUCAUUAAUUGCGUGGAACUGGUGUCUCCUCAUCACGCGGCUCGUGAAUUGGUGCAUACCAUACGACAAGGGCAGAUAACUAGUUUAUUCCAGAAGAGUAUAAAAAGGAAGGAACACGAACAACGUAGGCGCAGGAAGAGCAAAGCGCAGUUUUUCGAGAUGAUACAAGAGAUUAGGAGUACGAUUCGUAGGCAGCAGCAGGAGGAACGGGAGCAGCCCUUGGAGUCCGUCACCGAGGUCGACUCCGAGUACCAGCUGAGCCCCGAAGAAGUACGGAAAGGAAAGCCGAGUCCAAGCAUAAUUAGAAGAACGUUUAUGCGGACCAGCCCAAAGCUGGAAAACACUGCCAAGUCUCCAACAUACUUUAAGCCCCUCUUCAGUCCCCGUUCUAACAAUAAAGCUAAAAGUUCGACGAGCUUGAACGUACGCAGAUUCAGCACGGAUAGCGUAUUCAAUUCGCAAACUUUGAAACUGGACCGCAACGCUGUCGGACGGAGAUUGAGUAAAGAUGCCUCUUCCUUCCUGUCAACCAGUCCGCCGGAUAUAAAUAGCCGGAGAUCGAGUUACCUAGACAUCGUGACGACUGGAAGCAGUAAGUUACAGGGGAAAAGCCCGGUGCUUUCUAUAGAGAACGUCUCCGACUUGAACACCAUUGAAAGGAAGCUCUCGGACUCUGAGAGCAUCGGCAGGAAGUUAGCCACGCUUCCCAAAUAUCGUGAACCUUUCGACAAGAACCGUCUUCAACCUCAACUAAGCUUGACGAUAGGUAAAAGCGACGAAACCUUAUCGAAAUCAGAGAAAACCGAUAACCUAACGCAGGCGAGGAGCUACCAGGAUAUACUCGAACCCAUGCAAUCAUCUAAUUCGAUCACCGUCAACUGCGAACCCAAAAGCAACCUUUCCGAUGACGAAAUCGCCAGGAGAAACAAACUGACCAUCGAACAAUUGAACACCCAAAUAGUUAGUAAAAAAAGUAAACCAGCUCCGAUUCGGAACGCAAAUCCCCACAUCCGCAUUCAGGUCGAAGACACCUCCACCAACAACACCACGAAAGAUACUACCUCCAAUACUAAAACAGUCAAGGCCAAGACAAAGCGCCAUCAGAGCUUGAGCGAUACCAAACACCCGGAGCCAGCAAGGAGAAGCAAACUCACCGAACAUUCCCGUUCCUUGGACAGCAAUCCCACAUCGAACUCCAAAAGCAGAUCACCCAGAUGCAAAGAGCACAUCCUUCCGCCUGCUCCUCCACCUCCCAACUGUUCCCCGCGCAAUUCCAACGGAAAAUCACCUCUGGAGCGGCUCUCCAAAGAUGAACUGGUCCUACUUUGGCGAAGCUCUGAAUCGGAGCUGCGCAGCCACCUUCUAAAAGCAAUAAGAGACAAAGAGGUGUCGGAUCCACCUUGAGACCAAGCCGAGUCAGUUAUACGCGGAAGAAUCAAAAAACAAAAACAAAAUAACAAACUUUAUGAAGUAAACUGAUAAUAUGAUAAGAUGCGCCAAAUAUUUUUUAUACGCCGUUUACUCAAUUUGCUUUCGGCACUUUCGGAGAUUCAGUGCUCGGAAUUUUGAAUAAACGCCUUAGAUCCGUAGAGUGAUAUUACCAACGACCAGUGUUAAUAAAAAAGAGAAAAUACUACAUAAAACUACAAGAAAAUGAUAUUUGAACACAACAAAUUAAGUAACUGAUAGUUUACUUACUAGCCUUCGUCUUAGAGGUGACAUCCUCGAGCCUUCAUACUUAGGACUGUUCUUGUAUAAUAGACGUUUUAAUGUUUUAAUCUCGAUCCAUCGUUCAUCCGUUAAUUUUAGUAAACCACUCGCGUUAAUACACACAUAAAUAAUGAUAAUAUCAAAUAGCGGAGAAGCUAGCAUUUCGAUUUUCAGCCGUUCAUUUCGAACGGAAACAUAAAAAAUAAUAUCUACUGCCAAUUAUAUCUUAGAUUAUAUAACGAGAAGAGACGUGUUUAGUAGAUUGGUGAUAUUCGAGUCUUAUGCAAAAUAAAAAGUAAAUUAAAGAAGGAAUAAUAAUAUUUAUUAGGAGGAUUUUAAUCUAGGCUAAUCGUUGUUAACAGUUCUACAAAUUAAUUCGA